AUGCCCGGUGUUCGAGCGGCCUCACGCCGCGUUCCGGCUUUGCAGGCCUCCGAGGCAAGCUCCUCGUCGGGCAGCAGCAGCAGCAGCUCCUCAUCACCUAUGACGCCAGAGGCACAUCUGCUCACCCAUGUCAACAACGUCCGCAAGUGCUGCGACAUGUCGCUUUUCUACAAGAACCUCCAGGAGCAGGGCAUCGACUUUAUCGCAGAUAGCCUCUUGCACGCCAACGACAUCUUCGCCAAAUAUGCCACCAGCUCGCGCAACGUCGCAUCGCCUUCCAAGCUCGCCGGUGAGCUGCUCAAAUCGCCGACUCGCACCCGCACACGUUCCCGCGAUGCAGCAAGCGCCAUGGGUCGCACUCGUGGUGCAGCAGUCUCCCACGGCGAUCCUUUCAUCGAUGCGGUAGACGUCUUUGACAAGGAAAACGCGCCCGUCCCAACGCGCUCCUCGCGCUCCCGCACUGCUUCCACGCUCGAACCUCAAAAGGGCAAGCGAAAAGCCGCGGUCAAGGCUGGCAAAGCCAUCGCAGAAGAUGCACCACAGCUGCCCGUCGCUCGAUCCACCCGCAAGGUACUCGGCGAUCUCAACGUGCAGAAGCACGAGACUGAUUAUCCCGCACAGACCGCCAAAGCUACCAGAAACGCUGUCGUCAAAGUCACUUCCUCCGAGGACGACAGCAUGGCAGUCGACACGUCCUUGCAUCAAGUGACACCGCUCGAUGAAACUGCGCCCAGGGCUUCCACUCCACCCGCACUCGCCUCGCCACCAAAGCCUCAGCCUGCCCAAUCUUCGAAACGCGCGAGCCAGCCGCAGGUCAUCGAGUUGAUCCCAAUCAUCGAUUCGGAUGAGGACGAUUCGGAUGACGAACAACAAGCUCUCGAGGCAACGUCUGCUUCCAAGAGCAAGCCUGCCGCAUCCAACGAGAAGCAUGCCGAUCCAUCCGUCACGAGCACCGUCGUCUCGCAGCUUUCCAGCAUCGAUUCGACCACCGUCUCGUCGCUGUCCGACUCGAACGAUACCAUGCGCUCCACUGACGACAGGAGCAAGGAGCACGACAGCACCCUCUCGGGGCGUCAUAUCGACCCGAAGCUUGACAGCGCCCGUCAGGCCGCAUCUCUAUUCGUCUCCAAGCUUCAGCAACAAAAGGACGCCAACGCCGACAAGCCCGCCAAGCGCACCCUGGCUUCCUACGGCGCAAAGAAGAGUCUGUCUUCUGCCACGCACAACGCACGCCCCAGCAACCCUACCCUCACCCUUCACUCGGCCUCCACCCCGGCCGGUCCAGGAUUCCGCUCGAGCUUCCUCAACAAGAGUCUGCGAAAGCAGAUCGCUGAUCAGGAGGCCCUCGAGGACAGCGACGAGUCCGACUCGGACUCGGACGCAGACGCAGACAGCCAUCCCCUCGUAGCCGGCUCCGCAUCAGCCGCCAUCUCCAAGAAGACGGCUGCCAACACACGCGCCAAUGCCGGCGAUGCCACCACCAAGAUGGCUGCCUUGCCCGCCAGUGGUAACGCGGCCAGCAAGAAGCGCAAGAGCGACGAGGCUCUUCCGCCUGCCAGCGAAGCCCCGCUAGGCUCGUCAGCUCCGCCCGCAAAGAUAUCAAAGUUGGGUUCAGCCAUGCAGGCGGCCAAAGCACAGUCGUCUGCCCCGAUUGCCGCCGCCAAGAAGCCAGCCGCAGUUGGCCCUGCGUCAAAGCUCGAGCAAUUCCGCAACAAUCUGGCACACGUGGCGCGGAGCACGGGUAGCGGUACGAACGCAAGCUCUACCUCGCAGCCCAUUCCUCCUGCUAAGCCGGCGCCAUCUGCUCCUGUCCAAGCGGUUGUGUCGUCACACGCAGAUGAUCGUAGUGAGACGCUGACGGCAGGUUCCGACUCGAGCUCGGAAGUCACGGAGAAGAUUGCUAACCGUAGCGACGGAUCGACCAUCAAGGCAUCCGCCAUUCCACGUUCGCCGACCCGCUCUCCUUCUCGUACCGCCACAGCUUCGCCGGUAAGGCUUCCCCCUCGCACGGGCAGUGUCCGCAAGUCUCCUCGCAAAUUGGCCGAGCAGUCAAAAGCCAGCCAGAUAGACUCUGCACGCAGCGCUUCGCCCGGUCCCAAGUCCAAGGAUGAUGCGAGCGACAAACUUGCUUCCUCGUCUGGUCUGCCGACUCCCCGAAGCCCAACAACGCAGCCGCGUAGCCUUGCCGCCCUCUUUGGCAGCCCGAAGCAGAGCACCAAACUUCCAUCGCUCUCGAGCACCGCUGGCGGCAGCACCACCCCAGCCCACUCGCCUCCCAAGAACUGGCACGGUAGCCGUCUGCCCUUCGCUCAACCCUUUGCCACCCAGCAAGCAGCGCUGCGCGAGAAGGAUAAGUCGCUGCCUCAGACCCCGAUCGAGCAAAAGGCCGAACCCGUCGCCUCCGAGGCUACUGACGGCCGUCGUGUUGCCUCGGCAGCGUCGAUCAUCCUCUCGACGUCCAAGGCCGAUCUCGACAGCCAGUUCUUCGAUGCUCGGGAGACUACACCGGAGCCUGUAGAGGUCCCAGCGGCUCCCGCCACGGCAAGGACGUCCAAGGACGCGACUUCGACCGCCACUGUCAAUGUGGCUAGCAAGGCUGAGUUGAAGGUGGCGACCGCUCUUGCCAGCACGACGGCGCCUCAGACAGCGACCAAAGCGUCGGGCAUCGUCAAAGCCUCGGCGCUGUCGCCCAAAAAGGUGGCCGCAAAGGCGCUGGCCAAAUCGGGGCCAACCUCACCAACCAAGGCGAGUGCGCUUCGUGCUGCAGCCAACGUUGCAUCGCCAUCCAAGGCCAAGGCCCAGUCGACCACACGUACAGCGGCGCAAUCGGGCGUACCAGCCCCCUCGACUUCUCCGUCCAGAACUUGGGGCAUCGGCGAAAAGAUCAAGGGCUUCCUCGGUCUGCAUGCCUCUACCACGACCAAUCCUGCCACGUCGGUGGCGCAGACCAAAAUCUCGGCUUCCGGCACCUUCCAGCCCAGACCAAACGGCAUCCCCGCAAGCACCUCCAGCGCGACGGUCACAGAGUCAAAGACAACAUCCGCUCCUGUCGCCGCAGCCCCUGCCAUCCCUGGUGCGCUGCUUGCCAGCCCGACGCCGUCAUCGAAGGUGCCGCAGGUGCAGUCGACUCCGUCGGGCGCAGCUGCUUCCGGAACGGCCAACGGCAAACUCUCUAGUAUCGCCCGGGCCGAAUUGCUGCGCAAGAAGCAGGCAGAAGAGGAAGAACGCAAAGCCAAGGAGAAGGAAGAGCGCCGACGAAUGCUGUUGGCCAAGAAGGAGGAGCGUGCCAAAGCGAUGGCCGAGGAAGAGCUCGAGAAAGAGAACCGCAAGCGUACGCGCGAUCAGAACGAACGCCCUGGACGCGUCGGUCAAGCAGGUGUGGGCAACGAAGAUGCCAGUAUCGCGUCGUCGAGUGGAGCCCCGGCAGCCAUCCCCGCCGCGCUCCUCGGUGGCAUUGUGCUUGGAGGCGGCUCGACUGCUCCCAGCAGCCUGCACAGCGGGUCGACGAGUUCGCGAACCAGCGCCGUCAGCACCAUCAGCAGCGGACCGCCUACCCGACCAUCUAGCGCGCUCAACGGCAGCUACGCAGGCGUCAAGAGCCGCUACAUGCAGACCACGGUCCAGCAGGCGCAGCAACCUUCUCAGGAUGAGAGCAACAAGAAGCGCCGCGUCACCAAUGACCGGGACGGUGCCUCUGUAGGUGCUCCUCUCCUAGUCAAACCCAACCCGCAGCCUGUGGCAGGUGCUCGUCCGGGCGUCUCGGCGGCCACCUCGCAGAUCGGCGCACCCAAGAUGGUGCGCACCGUCAGCCAAUCUUCGAUUCGAGCCGGCACGGCGACGCAAGUACCCGCGCAACAGCAGCAGCAGCAGCAGCAACGCGCACAGCCGCAGCCGGCACCACAGCAGAUCAAGUUGGCGAUGAAGCCAACCGGUGCUGCAGCUGCAGCCUUUGGCGCGGCGCCGCGUAUUCCCGGUGCGGGCGCAAUGGCUGGAAAUGGUGCGGCUAUGGCCUCGAUGAUGGCGGCCGGCUCCAAGGCACCGCUUGCGGCUGCAGCGAGUCAGCCACCGGUCAAGCCCAUGGCGAAUGCCAACUUUUCCACUGCGAACCCUUUCCAGCAGGCCAAGCAGCAACAGCUGCAGAUGCAGAUGCAAAAGCAAAAGCAGAUGCAGAUGUUGCAGCAGCAGCAGCAGGCGCAAGCGCACGCCGCAGCAAGUGCCUCGCAGGCGCACGCGGCGGCGAUGCGGGAAGACGAGCUUCACCGUGCGGCGCACCAGCAAUUCCAGAUGCAGAACGCAGCUGGAGGACGCGCGGAGGAGUGGGACGACCAUGCGGGCCAGGCCGACGCAGACGAAGCUCUGCCGGACAUCGCGUCCGAGUAUUCGGACUCGGAAGACGAGGAGACGAUCCAGAAGCGUGCGGCGAUGCCGCUGUGGACGCAGGGCGAUGCGUUGGACGCGGCGCUGCUGGCGCAGUCGACGGUGGAUGCCGACGAGAUCUUUGGAAUCCCCCAGGGCCCUGUGGAGCUGGAAAAGAUCUUGCCCGGCGAGCGCACGGCGAACCGUAUCCGGCGCCCGCGCACGUCGUCGGCCAACUGGUCUGGUCCGGACGGCCUGGCUCAGUGGGAGAUCGACCGAUACAACAAGCGCAUGGGCAUCAAGGGCAAUGGUGUGCAGCUCGCCAACCGCGACGGCAGCCACCAUGCGCCGCCGCCUCCUGCGCACCUGCGCAUGUCGAUGGCGCAUCGCCAGUCGUCGGCCGCGUCGUCGUCGGCCGCAACCAAGAAGGACGAUCCGCGGGCGAAGUCUUGA